AUGACGAACGGCUCCUUCACGAUGCGCCUUCCCACACCUGCCCCCUCCAUCGUCUCCACCACGGACCCAAACCCGGAGGACGACAGCCUGGUCAGCAACGACUUCUCCACCACGCUGGGCGCCCUCAUCCUGUGCCUCGUCAUCCUCCUGGGCGUCCCGGGGAACCUCUUCAUCGUCUGGAGCAUCAUGGCCCGAAUCCGCCGCCAUUCCGUCACCACGUUCCUCAUCCUCAACCUGGCCUGUGCCGACGGCUUCCUCAUGGCGCUCACCAUCUUCUUCGUCAUCUACCUGGCCAAGCAGUCGUGGAUCUUCGGCACCGCCAUGUGCAAAGGCCUGUUCUACCUCUGCAACACCAACAUGUACGCCUCCAUCUUCCUGAUCACACUCAUGAGCGUGCACAGGCUGGUGGCGGUGGUCUUUCCCACCCGGGUCUCCCUCAUCGCCAGUCCAAGGAUCGCCAAACGAGUGGUGGUGGGGAUGUGGGUGCUGGUCUUCAUCAUCUCCAUCCCGUCGCUGGUGUUCAGGAACAUCCGGGUCGACGAAGACGAGAUGGGAAAGCCCAGGAUGGUGUGUGAGCCCAAUCACACGCUGCCCAGACACGUCAGGUUCCAGUACGCCUUCGAGACCGUGUCGGGCUUCAUCCUCCCGUACGCCAUCAUCAUCACCUCCUACGUCCUGAUCCUGAGGCGGCUGCGGCAGACGCAGUUCAGGAGGAAAGUCCGCAGUGAAAAACUCAUCCUGGCCAUUGUGGUGACCUUCGGCCUCUUCUGGUUCCCCUACCACAUCAUCAACAUGAUCCAGGUGGCUGCACAGUGGUACCCUGAGGAUUCACCCACAAGAGAAUUCUUGGACCACAUCUGGCAGUCGAGCCGCGCGGUGACCUCGGCGUUAGCGUUCAUUAGCAGCUGCGCUAACCCGGUUCUCUACACGUUCGCCGGGAAAUCCUACAUCCGGCAGAACGGCUUCGCUUUCAUGGCCCGACUCUUCGAAGGGACGUCGCUGGAGCAGGUCACAAAAAAGGGACGGAAUACAAACUCUGAGUCGAACGUGGGGUUAAAUAACGUGGUCUCCAUCGACAACGGAGGCAGCGGUAUCAACGGGAACGUCGGAUAA